GGUGGGGAGGGACGGGAGGGCGUUAGAAGGGGGAGAGGGGCGAUGGUGUCGGACGCGGAGCUCGUUGGGCGGCUUCGGGAGGUACUCCGGGCCUCCGACCUCUCCACCACUACUACCACCUCCGUUCGCCGCCAGCUUGAGGAGGACUUCGGCAUCGAUCUCUCCGACAAGAAGGCCUUCAUCAGGCAGCAGGUCGACCUAUUUCUGAGCGAGCUUCACGACAAUAAGGACGCCGAGGAGGCGGAAGAGGAGGAGGAGGAUGCUGCGGCGCCGGCGGAGGCCGUGAAGGAGGAGGAGGAGGAGGAGGAGGACCAUGACGGUUCCGGAGAGGAAGAUGAGGAAGAGGAAGAAGAAGCGGGAGGUAUUGGGGAGGUUUUGGAUGAGGAGGAGGGAGACGAAGGGGAGGAGGACGACGAGAAGACUAACGAGGGAAGCAGCAAGAAGAGAAAAUCAAGUAAACCUAGUAAGGAAGUCAAGAAGCGGGGAGGUGGUUUUGCCAAACUCUGUAGUCUUUCCCCUUUAUUACAGGAUUUUGUUGGUGAACCAGAGUUAGCUAGAACUGAGGUUGUUAAGAGGCUAUGGGCAUAUAUUCGCGAAAAAAAUUUGCAAGACCCAAAUAACAGGCGAAAGAUCAUAUGUGAUGAGAAAUUGAAACCCCUUUUUAAUGUGAAUGUCAUUGACAUGUUUCAAAUGAAUAAAGCUUUGUCAAAACACAUUUGGCCUUUGAACUCUGAUGAUGGCCCAGUGACUUCUGCGAAGCCAAAACAGCAUGAUAAGCCCAAGAAAGAACUAGAAGGCAAGCGGCAAAAAGUAGGAUCAUCUGGACUUCUUGCGCCACUUCCACUUUCAGAUGAUCUUGUGAAGUUCUUUGGCACUGGCGAAAAUACAUUGUCAAGGUCUGAUGUUGUGAAAAGGAUGUGGGAUUACAUAAAAGGAAACAAUCUGCAGGAUCCUGCUGAUAAGAGGAAUGUGAUAUGCGAUGAGAAGCUAAAAGAACUUCUCAAGGUUGAUAGCUUCCAUGGAUUCACAGUUUCAAAGUUGCUGGCACCUCAUUUCAUCAAGGAAAAACAGUGAGAUGUACCUUCUAAUAUUUCUCUAAAAUCCAUGGAAAUGGAAAUUUUGUCCUUAGUGAACUUGAACUUUUCAUGAUUAAAUAUUUUGGUGCUUCAGAGUGGCAACAAACGGUUGACAAAUUGCUUUAUCAUCUUCUUACACUGUAUGACUAUAACUACUGAACUUGUUUUGUUCAUAGAGUUUCAAUGUCACAAUAUUGAAUUCAUUUUCUAAUCA